UGCAAUUCUCGGAACGUUUUACGCAACCGUAGCGCUGCGGGGCGGUUCUUUGGGUGCGCCCUGCGCUAGAAGCGUAGCGGCGGGGGCCGUGCCGCGCAGGGCGGGCGGUGCCCCGCUAUGGCCCUGGGUGCCGGCAGGAGCGGCGGGCGGCAGCGCCCAACGGCGUGAGCGAGCUGGGGGCCGGCCGUGCUGCAUGGGGGCGGGAGCCGGGCGCCAUGGAAGGGGUGCUGUACAAGUGGACCAACUACCUGAGCGGCUGGCAGCCUCGUUGGUUUCUUCUCUGUGGUGGUAUCUUGUCCUACUAUGAUUCUCAGGAAGAUGCCUGGAAGGGUUGCAAAGGAAGCAUCCAAAUGGCUGUGUGUGAAAUUCAAGUUCAUCCUGCAGAUAACACACGAAUGGACCUGAUCAUCCCAGGGGAGCAACAUUUCUAUAUGAAAGCGAGAAAUGCAGUUGAGAGGCAAAAGUGGCUGGUUGCACUAGGAACUGCGAAAGCCUGUCUGACAGACAGCAGGACUCAAAAGGAAAAAGAGUUCACUGAAAACACAGAAGCCUUGAAGACUAAAAUGUCUGAACUUAGACUGUACUGUAACCUUCUUGUUCAACAAGUGCAUAAAACUAAGGAAGCCAGCAUUUCUGCUGGAUCAGAACCAGAGAGUGGGAUUGAUGUGGGAGCUCUGUUGAAAUCAACCUGUGACACCUUCCUGAAGACUCUUGAAGAAUGUAUGCAAAUUGCAAAUACUGCCUUUACUUCAGAGUUACUACAUCAGACCCCUCCUGGGUCCCCACAUUUAGCAGUUCUCAGAACAAACAAGAUAAAACACUCAGUCUUGUCCAGUCACACCUCAACAGAAAGACAGAUGGAAUUGAACCCUUGUGAAAAUGGCUCUGUAAAAGCAGAAAAUAACCAGCUGGAGCAAACCCUUAUAAAAAGUCUAGCAUGCUUAAACUUGGAAACAAAUGAGGCGAGCAGUGAUGUUUCUGUUGAGGAUCACAUCAAAGAAGAUUCGGCAGGCAUAAUGGAAGAUGGAGAGAACAAGCUGCAAGCUGUAGAAAGCCUCAAUGCCCACAAUUUUCUGCAGUCAGAAACAAGUUCUUUAAGUGGAUUGACUCUGUGUGAGGAAGAUGAAAAUGGGUUUCCUACUUUCUUCAGUGUCAUGAGCAAUAGGUUCAGUGAUAUUGAACUUCAGGAGGAAGAGGGCAUACCAACAGAAGAGUUUCUGGAAUCGUGUUAUGCAAUUGUACCUGUUCUGGACAAGCUGGGACCAACUGUUUUUGCUCCUGUUAAAAUGGAUUUUGUAGGUAACAUCAAGAAAAUAAACCAGAAAUUUAUAACCAACAAAGAAGAGUUUGAUACCCUGCAGAAGAUAGUGCUCCAUGAAGUCAGUACAGGUGUAGCACAAGUUAGAAACUCUGCUACAGAGGCACUUCUAUGGCUGAAAAGAGGCUUAAAGUUCUUGAAAGGGUUUUUGACAGAAGUGAAGAAUGGAGAAAAGAAUAUCCAAACAGCUCUGAACAAUGCUUAUGGAAAGACAUUACGGCAGCACCAUGGUUGGGUUGUCCGUGGCGUCUUUGCGUUAGCUUUAAGGGCAGCUCCGACGUAUGAAGACUUCGUAGCAGCUCUGUCUGUUGAAGACUGUGAUCCUCAGGAGGAAACAUUUUAUAAAGCAAUGCAGAGGGACCUUAAUGUUUACUUACCAGCCAUGGAAAAGCAGCUAAAUAUCUUGGACACUCUCUAUGAAGUACAUGGUUUGGAGUCGGAUGAGGUGGUAUGACUACAGUAAGACAGCGUCUUAAAACUUCAGGGACUGUGUCUGUUAACAAAGAUUUUUUGGAACAUCAUUUCUGUUCGCUGUAGCUUUUCAGGUGGGAGAGGUGUGAGUGUUUGGGGGGAAGGGUAUGUAUGGUUUUUAUUUCUUGUGCUUGUUUUGUGUUUAAAUGCAGAGGUACCGUUUCGUUUUUGGGUUAUAACUAUGUCUGUGAUGAAUGUUUUGGACUGUUUCUCACUUGCCUCACUCCCUGUUCCCUUCACCCUGUAAAAGUAACAGAGCAGAAUGUGCCCUUUGCUUCCACGCUUUGUGUGGGAGCUGCACAUGCAGCAGAGCAAGCACUGCUGGCUUGGACUAUCCCAUGCCCUGUGCUGCCCACUCUAACGAGAGUUACUGUUACCUUGGUAGCAGGAGAGAAGUGUGGUUAAAUGCCAUCUUAACAGGUAUGCAGUCAGUUUUUACCUUAAUUUGGGUUGAAGCUUUUGUUUGUUUGUUUGUUUGUUUCUUUUUUGGUUAGUGCAGCAUCUCUACAAAUGUUAGAGAUCUUCACCAUGAGCACAUGUAGCUGGUGAUCUGAGCUUCCAUAGGGAACCAGCCUUGGAAACUAGCUGUUGUGUUCUGUCCCGGCUACCUGUUUGUACCACAUUUUCCCUUCUGGCUCCUGACAGUGAGCCAUAUCUAAAGGAAAAUUCCCCUAGUGCCCUUCACAGCAAGAAGAUGUUCCUGCCCAUAUUGCUUGAGAUGAGCCUGCUGCAACAUAUAUUGUGGUGCAGGAAGGAAAAGCGUGUGCAUGACAAGAGGAUGGAAGGCUGUGAGCAUGGAAUGCCAUUCUGUCUGCACUGGUACCACCGUUGUUCCCUCUGCCUCAUGUUGUCCCAUUGCUGGGGCAGGUGACCCAGAAUCUCAGCUGGCACAGAGCUACAGAGCCCAGACAGUUUAAACAGCAUUUUACACAUGUAACUGAAAAUACAUCCAACAUCCUGGUUUACUAAAGUGUUUUUCUUUCUGUACUUUGGGUUUAGGAUUUUUUUGAAAUUAAAUUCACACAAAAAUGUAUUUGUUUUUAAAUUGAAUACAGGUAGCAGUUGAAAAAGCAGGUUUUACUGAAGUCCUUAGGUUGCUAUUAUAGGCCAAGACUUCAUGAAAAUGGGCAUGAAGUAGCAAAGCUUAGAGAGAGCUAGAAUUUGUCACUGAGUUGUUGCUCAUUAUGCCAUUUGCAGACCUUAAAAUCUACAAUUAUGCAGAAUUGGCUAGGAAUGAAGAACGUACAAUUUGCUCUUUCCCUCCUUUACUGAUACAGAUAAAAAUGUGCUCCUAAUAGCACUGUUGCUAUUAGAAGUGAUAAAGAAGUCCUUUUAGAUAGUUUGUUAUACAUAAAUGGGCAUAUGAUGACAUACAUAAAAGGACAAAAUUCCUGCUAAUGUUGAAGAUGAGAACACUGUGAGUUACUUACUACCAAUUCACGUCAUAAGUGGAUUUCUCAGUAGUGACACAGGGCUUUGGAUGGCUUUGUCCAAAGAGCUGAGUCUAACUCGUGAGGAAAGAAGGCUAAUGCUAAUGAGGUCCUUAAACUUAGUAAAUCCUCAUAAAUACGGGAGAAGUUUUGUUGCCACCAUACUCACAGAAUAAAUACUGGCUUUUGCUAAGCUGAAAAGCACAUUCUGACUAAAAUGAAUGUACUGCAGGCCUGCUGCAUCAUUCUGAGAAAGCAGCCUCUCUGCAUACAUAAUACUUGAUCUUUUCUCAGGAGCCUAGCAUUACAGGCUUGAAGAAAAGCAUAUGAUGAGUGAAGAGAACACUUGGUGCGUAAAGCAAGAUACUAGAACUGUAAUUGGGCAUUUUAGUAUGACUUUCUUGUUUCCGUUGUCUUUUCUGAAUUGUGCCUAUCUAUAGUCCGUACGUGUACCAGGAUAGAAUCAGAAGGAUAUGGGGUUUUAUAGUUCUUGGAGUUUUCUUAUUUUAAUUAGUAUAUAUUUAUUUGAAUAUGAAGUCAAAACUUUUGACCAAAGCUCCAUUCAAUUAUUUCUCUACUUGCAGUGUUAAAAAUGAAGCGGGGAGCCUCUGAGAUAUGACUAUCUGCUUCUUUGAAGUACGAAUGCAAAAAAAACCCCAUACCUACAGCAGAACAACCAGCUCUCCACCCCCUGUGGUUUCCUCGGCCUUUUCAGCUAUUAUGUGGGAAACUUUUCUGUAAUAGGUCUUAGUGCCGUGAUAAGGUAAUAGAGACCGCAUUGCCACAGAGUAGUGGAGUGUGUGGGGAGAGCAGGAAGAGAUUGGUCUUCUCUAAAAAUUAAUAGUGAAAUCACGAUGAAAAUUUACUUCCUUUUUUUUUCUGUAAGCUUUUUCAGUACCAGGAAAACAGAUGUAGCACUUAAAGGCAUUGGGCGUUUUUUGCUUUUGUUUCAUUUGUUCUGCUUGGUUUCUUUCAACUAGUGAGAGAACCACUGGCUUGUUAGUAGCGUGCCAAGCACAGUAUUUGAUACAAGAAAUAAAGGAGGUUUAUUUCUUAAGCAAGGAACUAAACAGCUUCAUUUGGCCACUAGUUUCAGCAAUUACUAACAUCUACAGUUCUUAUUUCUUCUAACAAAUAGGAAGUAAUUUGCAGUGCAAGUUCUGUAAUUAGCACGGCAUCCGCCCUCAGAGCAGGCUUGGGAACAUUGUGUGAAGAUGGUGGCUUCAGGAGAUGCUGGUGGCCAUGUUGUUUAACAGAGAACGUGUAGAGAUGGAACUGAGCAAGGUCACCUUGCUUUCAAAACCUGUGCUGCUUCGUGCGCUGUUCUUGCAGGAUGUUGAGCACUUUUAAGACUUAAGAAUCCUAUCUUUCAAACCACCACUGAGAAAUGCUGCAGCAUGUUACAAAACUGAACUCCAAGUUAUACCUCUAAGGAUGCAAUAGACCACAUUUGUUACGCAUAAACAAAUACACAGCUAGAUAAUUAAUUUCUUAUUUGGCAAGCAUAGAAGAGGGUUCUAAUUUUUAGAAACUGUACAGGACAAGCAACUAACUUUGGCUCUCAAAUUUAGAAUUGGAGAAGAGGUAGGUGGUGUUUUGUUUAUUUGGCUCGUUGAUUAGUGGUGGUGGGUUGGGUUUCUUUCUCUUUGUUUAGUGGCUGACAUUUAUAAACAACUGACCUGUAUACAGAUAGCAGUCUAUGUGACUCUCAGAUAACAGCACCCUUGCUCUGUAUACUCUACACGAACUGCUUUAAUUUCUUAAACUGCACUGGUCUGAAGUUUUGGUGUCCCUUUCCUUUAGAAGUGCUUUCAGCUGUUUUCUUCAGUGUCCAACAGUUGCAUAUUCUCAGGGAUAUUACUUAGCCAUGGCAAAAUAAGAGUAAUCACAGCCUUACCCUAGGAGAGUCAGGCUGCUUUUUAAGAAAUAAGUACAGCUGGGUAUAGAACUCUGAUACAGCUCGUGACAUGGACAAAGUCUGUCCAGCUCACAUCCUUGCUGAGACAUGGUAAGUCCCAAAGCAACCUGAAAAAUAGUGCAAUCUAGUGCUGAAUAAUGGCUGUCAGCAUAUUUCAGUAGAGAUUAUCCACACAUCUUUGUAAUACAGCGCUGUUGGCAUUAGAGCAGAGCUCCUACAUGGUUUCAGUUGAGUUCUGCUUAGCAAUGGGAGGCUUUUAUUUAUUGUUAUUUAUUAUGUAUUUCUUUUUAAAACAAACUGUGUUUUGGAGCCCCCUGUGCUAUUUUAAGACGCCGCACUCAGUUGCAUACUGAAGUUCUCUGAUGUUACAAUUGUAGAGUAUGAACUGCAUACUCAAGAGCUUUAGCACUGAGGUCUCAUUUUGUCCUGAUACUGUUGUAAUAUGGGUCUCCCUUCAACAAAUGCACUAAGGACUGUAUACCUUUGCUGACAAGCUUUUUGUAAAGCAUCAUCAGGAUUAGGUUGCAGUUGUUUGCUUUAAAAAUGUUUCAUAGAUUGAACAUUGUCACUUGCUCGGCUGUCCAUAUAGAAGUAUGCCCAAAAUGUGCUCCGGUUGUUUUUUGAUGCCCUUUGGCAAAGGGAUGCGGACCACUGUAGAGAAUGGUACUGUCUGUGUGCUUACACUGGAGCCUUUCACCAUCUCUUUUUAUCAUUGUUUCAGUUUUUGUGAAGAGCUUUAAAGACCCCUAAAUUUUAGAUACAAAAAACAUCCUUAGCGCACUCCUGCCUUAUCUUUCCUCUUCCCCGCUUGUUUCCCACCCCUUCCUUUCCUACCAUUUGCCGGUUUCUUUGCUGUCAGAGCUGUUGCUGUCCAGCCAAAGCAUCUCCUUAGCAGUGUGAAGUAAGAAGUUUUAUAAGUCAUUAAAUGGGAAACUUUGAAAAGCAGAUCUGAAUUGUGUGGCAAGGACAGAGCUGGAUGGAGAAUGUGUUGCUUUUCUUUGAAGCUUUGCCCUGGUUUGAGAUGCUUUGCCAGGACAACCAUGCCAAUUUCACUGAUGAAAUUUAAAUCAGAACAUUUCACAGUUGGCAGCUCUACCUCUUAUGAGUAAAAGCACAGGGUUUUGUAUUUUUAAUGGGCUUAUUUCUCUUCUUUGCAUGCAUAACAAAGCAGAGAAGGGGGAGAGCUCAUAACUGAAUUCCUACCUUUUUGCUGGCUUCAGCAAGAAGCCCCUUAGUGAGCAAACCCUGCGCAGUUUGAUGCUCUACAUCACCCAUGUGCAAUGGGGACACCGGAGCACGCUCUCUGCCUCUGAGCAAACCCACUCAGGAGCUCAUCCCACUCAGUUCACAGAAGGAUUUAAGGACUUGCUUUGAAGUCUGAGCACAGGCAUAUGUUUCACUGACAGAUUUCUUACAUUGGCGUGGAUUUCUUCAAAAUGUGGCCUUUAGUUGGCAUCUGUUAAUAUCCCUUUCUCGGUGUAGCAUUCCAUGUGCGAGCACCCCGAAUACUCUGGAUGUGCUAAAGACUUCUUUUAAAACUUUGUAUUGAGCAGGAAUCAGGAUAUGGAAACAAGGAAGUUUCAUGUUUGCUUACUUUAUUGUGCAUUGCAGCAUUUAGGGGUCUCAACAUUUGUUCUUCGAUUCCUUCAUUUAAAGCCACCUUGAAAGCUGGUGAUUUUUGUCUACUUGAAACAAAGCAAGCAAAUUGCAUUCCAGAAUAUGGUGUCUGAGCCAUUUCUGUCUUCUUGCAUUUUUCAAUCCAGUUUUGGGCAUUCGUCUUAUUAAUGUCGAGCUGAGCUUACAGUGAGCCUUACUGAGAUGUCAGAUGAAGAGAAGGUAUAUUGCCUCACACUUUAAAUUUAAUUCUAAGGGCUUGCUCAUGCCCCAGCAAUCACCUCCACCAGUGUAAGCAUUGCACAGAUUUUGCUGUCAUAAGCAGCUCAAUCUUGAAAUACUUUGGAUUUUCCAAUCUGCAUCAUCUCUCACGUGAUACAGCAUCUGUUUGUUUGGGUUUUUUUUGAGUAGUGUUAAGACCUUUACCCGACUUUUUUAUUAUUUCAUUGUAAUAAACUUAUUUUAAAUAAGCUUGUUUUAAAAUCUUACUUCUUCCUUGCAUGGAUUUGGGUUUUUUAUUACAACAGAGGGCCUAAAGUGCUCUUCAGGACUGCAUUUGUUCUAGGUACUGUGUGAACAGUCAAACAGUAUGUUUCUGGUUCAUAGAAACUGCCUGUGUGUAUCUUUGUAUGAAGAAUGUUAACACACAUGGAGCCUGUUUUGAUUACAAGAAUAAAAGCUGUAUUGGCCAUAUA